AUGGCGAAGAGAGGCAGGCCAAAACGCAGCAAUGCUUCGACGAGUCUUCCAAUCGUAGACCUGGGCUAUGAGCUCCACCAAGCUUCCAACUUCGAUACCUCAAGUCAAGCAUACAAAUUUUCCAACAGUCGAUACGGAGCACCGCCUAUCGGCGAUUUCGCUUCGCCGCGCCGGUACCUCCUGCAACGGACAGAAUGGACACCGGGUCUUCUCGAACAAGCGUACCAGUACGUACUUGGUUCCAACGUCUCGUUAUCUGGCGGCCAGCUCCUCGACUCGAGAGCCAGCGAAGACUGUCUGUUCCUGGACGUGGUGGUAUCGAAGAAGAUUUUCGAUGCAACCAAGUCAAAUGAGACUGCUACCUUGGCACCUGGACGAAUCAAACAGGUUCUUGUAUGGAUCUACGGCGGUGGUUACGACACUGGCUCCAAGGCUGGGCUCAACAGUGGCUCGCCUGCAGGCCUUUUGAGGCAAGGCAACCAUGAUUUCGUCUAUGUAGCUCUCAACUACCGCCUCGGUGCCUUUGGGUUCCUUAGUGGUCCCGAAUUCACAACUCAGGGAGGCGUUACCAACGCGGGACUCCUUGAUCAGAGGCUUGCACUGGAGUGGAUUCAACAAAACAUUCAUCUUUUCGGCGGAGAUGCGGCACACGUGACUCUUGCAGGAGAAUCCGCUGGAGGGUCGCUUGUCUAUCAGACAACUGCUUUCGGGGGCUCCCAAGGCUCUGUUCCGUUCCAACAGAUUAUCCCACAAUCCCCAGCAAUCCUCCCAUCCCCCCCAGCUCAAAGCCAGAACAACAUCUUUGCGGAAUUCCUAUCCCGUUUGAACGUCAGCACCCUUGCCGAGGCCAGGCAGCUUCCUUUCUCAGCGGUUAUCGCAGCCAAUUACGAUCAGGUCUUUGCCGGCCGCUUGGGAAGUUUCACAUUUAGUCCCGUAGUCGAUGGCGUCUUUGUCCCCGCUGAGCCCGCGGUGUUGAUAUCGGAGGGCAAAUUCGAUACCAAAGUCAAAGUCAUGGCCGGCUCAAACACCAAUGAUGGUCUCUUCUUCGGUUCUUUCAACAUCACAGACGACGCCGACUACCGCGAAUGGAUGUCUUCUAUCCUCCAUGGCGCCAGCGCCGACUCGAUCGAUUACAUGGCAACGGACUUAUACCCACCCAUUCUCAACGGCUCUUAUGGAUACACGGAUCACAUCUCCCGCACUGCACUCACCAUGCAGGACCUACUUUUCCGGUGCAAUGGUCUUGCCCUUGCUAGAUCAUUAAACGGCACGACUCAUCAGUACGAAUUUGGCGUCUUUCCUGCCAUGCACGCCGAGGAUGUUGCAUACACCUUUUCCGACAACGGAGUUGGCAUGUCUAGCCCAGAGACUGCCAUCGCCCUGCAGCGAUACAUGACCAGCUUCACUCUUAGCGGAAAUCCUCAUGGACAGGGGGUUACGGAGUUUCCCAUGUACGGAAGAGAUGAGAAUGUCUUGCUCAUGAACGCCACCGGCCAGUAUGUCAGCCAUUGUGACAGCUUGGCGACCGGCCGUUGCAUCGGUCGUGACAGGGUGAUUGCGUCUCUUGCAGUUUAA